UCUCACUUCUCUUUCUCUCUCAAGGCUUUCUUUGUCCCUUAUCGGCUUCACGUUCUCACUUUCUCGCCCCCACAGAUUUUUCUUCCCAAACAAACAUUAGACAGAGAAACCCAAGAAAACCCGAGGAAAUCCAAGAAAAUUCACUCUUUUCCGCUUUCUCUUUAAUUAUUCCGAUUAAGUAGAGAUAACCUUUCAAAAGCUGAAGAUCACCACCGAUACAACGCUGUUGGAUCCGGUUCACUGACGCCGCAAAAUACGGUUCGAGAAGAAGCGCUAGGUUUUUUCUAGGGUUUGGUAUUUUGUGGAAAAAGAAGAAAAACGGUGGCGUUUUGUUGGGGUGGUGCUGCCUCAUGCGAUUUGAUGCCGCCAGAACCGUUGCCUUGGGAUCGGAAGGAUUUUUACAAGGAGAGGAAGCACGAGAGGACGGAGUCGCAGCCACAGCAGCCGUCGACGGCUCGAUGGAGAGACUCGUCUUCUAUGUCGUCGUAUCCGCAUGGGUCCUUUAGAGAAUUCGCUCGUUGGGGAUCCGCUGACUUGCGUCGUCCACCUGGUCAUGGUAAGCAGGGCAGUUGGCACCUGUUUGCUGAAGAGAAUGGUGGUCAUGGGUAUAUGCCAUCCCGGUCAGGUGACAAGAUAUUGGAUGAUGAGAACUGCCGUCAGUCAGUUUCUCGUGGAGAUGGGAAAUAUAGCCGAAACAGCAGUAGGGAAAACAACAGAGGGUCUUAUAGCCAGAGAGAUUGGAGAGCUCAUUCUUGGGAAAUGAGCAAUGGGUCCCCAAACACCCCUGGAAGGCCUCAUGAUGUGAAUAAUGAACAGAGGUCAGUGGAUGAUAUGCUAACAUACCCUUCUCAUGCUCAUUCUGACUUUGUGAACACAUGGGAUCAGCUUCAUAAAGAGCAGCACGAUAAUAAGACAAGUGGUGUUAAUGGGUUGGGCACAGGACUGAGAUGUGAGAGAGAAAACUCAGUAGGCUCGAUGGAUUGGAAGCCUCUUAAGUGGAGCCGUUCUGGAAGCUUGUCUUCACGGGGUUCGGGCUUUAGCCAUUCAAGUAGCUCAAAGAGCUUAGGUGGUGUAGAUUCUGGCGAAGGGAAGCCUGAGUUACAACAGAAAAAUUUGACCCCAGUCCAGUCCCCUUCUGGAGAUGCAGCAGCCUGCGUCACAUCUGCUGCACCUUCUGAUGAGACAAUGUCAAGAAAGAAACCACGCCUUGGAUGGGGUGAGGGUCUUGCAAAAUAUGAGAAAAAGAAAGUUGAAGGCCCUGAUACAAGCAUGAAUAGAGGUGUGGCUACAAUAUCUGUUGGUAAUACAGAACCUAACAAUUCCCUCAGUUCAAACUUGGCAGAUAAGAGCCCCAGAGUUCUUGGAUUUUCUGAUUGUGCUUCUCCUGCAACUCCCUCAUCUGUUGCUUGCAGUUCCUCACCAGGUGUAGAAGAGAAAUCAUUUGGCAAAGCUGCAAAUAUUGAUAAUGAUAUUAGUAAUUUAUGUGGUUCUCCAAGUCUUGGGUCUCAAAAUCAGCUGGAAGGGCCUUCUUUUAAUUUAGAGAAAGUGGAUAUGAACUCGAUUAUUAAUAUGGGAUCUUCACUUGUUGAUUUGCUUCAAUCUGAUGAUCCAAGUACAGUGGAUUCUAGUUUUGUUCGGUCUACUGCUUUGAAUAAGUUGCUACUAUGGAAAGGUGAUGUUUUGAAGGCAUUGGAAAUGACUGAAUCUGAAAUUGAUUCACUUGAAAAUGAGCUUAAGUCGUUGAAAGCGAACUCUGGAAGCAGAUAUCCAUGCCCAGCAACAUCCAGUUCUCUUCCUGUUGAGGAAAAUGGAAGAGCCUGUGAGGAACUGGAAGCCAUAUCCAGUAUGAUCCCUCGACCUGCUCCUUUGAAAAUUGAUCCUUGUGGUGAUGCUCUUGAGGAGAAGGUGCCUCUUUGUAAUGGUGUCUUGGAAGAAGUUAAUGCUGAUGCAAAGGAUGGGGAUCUUGAUAGUCCUGGAACGGCUACAUCUAAAUUUGUGGAACCAUCAUCUUUGGACAAAGCAGUUUCUCCAUCUGAUGUUAAGCUUCAUGAAUGUUCUGGUGAUUUGGGCACUGCUCAAUUGACAACAAUGGGGGAGGUGAAUUUAGCUCCUGGUUCAAAUAAUGAUGGGACUGGUGUGCCCAAUUCUGGGGAAGGGAGUGGGCUUGAAAAGAUUGAUAAUGAUGUGCAUGUUCCAGAACCUUCAAGCACUGUUGCUGACACAGAAAAUAUGAUGUAUGAUGUAAUAUUGGCUACCAAUAAGGAAUUGGCAAAUAGUGCUUCUAAAGUAUUUAAUAACUUAUUGCCAAAAGAUUGGUGUAGCAUUGAGAUUUCUGAAAUUGCCAAUGGUGCAUGUUGGCAGACUGAUUCUUUAAUCAGGGAAAAAAUUGUAAAGCGGAAGCAGUGUGUAAGGUUUAAGGAGAGAGUUUUGACUCUUAAGUUUAAAGCAUUUCAACAUGCGUGGAAAGAAGAUAUACAUUCACCUUCGAUAAGAAAAUAUCGUGCAAAGUCGCAGAAGAAAUAUGAACUGAGCUUACGUUCAACGCUUGGUGGCUGCCAAAAGCAUCGGUCCUCCAUUCGUUCUCGACUCACUUCUCCUGCAGGAAAUCUGAGCCUGGAACCUAAUGUAGAGAUGAUUAAUUUUGUGAGCAAACUGCUUUCAGAUUCCCAUGUCAGGCUCUACAGGAAUGCUUUGAAGAUGCCAGCAUUAUUUUUGGAUGAGAAAGAGAAGCAGGUUUCUAGGUUUAUCUCUAGUAAUGGAUUAGUUGAAGAUCCAUGUGCUGUUGAGAAGGAAAGAACUUUGAUCAAUCCCUGGACAUCUGAAGAGAAGGAGAUUUUUAUGGAUAAGUUGGCUGCGUUUGGGAAGGACUUCAGAAAAAUUGCCUCCUUUCUUGAUCAUAAGACAACUGCAGACUGUGUUGAGUUCUAUUACAAAAACCACAAAUCUGAAUGUUUUGAGAAAACAAAGAAGAAGCUUGAUCUGAGUAAGCAAGGGAAGUCAACUGCUAAUACCUACUUGUUGACAUCAGGGAAAAAAUGGAGCCGUGAAUUGAAUGCUGCCUCCCUAGAUGUUCUGGGUGAAGCUUCAGUUAUAGCAGCUCAUGCAGAAAGUGGCAUGCGAAAUCGGCAGACAUCUUCUGGUAGGAUCUUUUUGGGAGGGCGUUUUGAUUCUAAAGCAUCACGAGUUGAUGAUAGCAUUGUAGAAAGGUCAAGCAGUUUUGAUGUUAUUGGGAAUGAUCGAGAAACCGUAGCUGCUGAUGUUCUAGCAGGGAUAUGUGGUUCGUUGUCUUCAGAGGCAAUGAGUUCUUGUAUCACUAGUUCUGCCGACCCUGGAGAGAGUUACCAACGUGAGUGGAAGUGCCAAAAAGUUGAUUCUGUGGUCAAAAGGCCUUCAACAUCUGAUGUCAUUCAGAAUAUAGAUGAUGAUACUUGUUCAGAUGAGAGUUGUGGGGAAAUGGAUCCUGCCGAUUGGACAGAUGAGGAAAAAUCUGUCUUUAUACAGGCUGUUUCGUCUUAUGGUAAGGAUUUUGCGAUGAUCUCACGAUGUGUUGGAACAAGAUCCAGGGAUCAAUGCAAGGUUUUCUUUAGUAAGGCUCGCAAAUGCCUUGGACUGGACUUGAUACAGCCAAGAACAAGAAACAUGGGAACACCAAUGAGUGAUGAUGCCAAUGGUGGUGGGAGUGAUGUUGAGGAUGCUUGUGUCCUGGAGAGCUCAGUUGUUUGCAGUGAUAAGUUGGGCUCUAAAGUGGAGGACUUGCCUUCCACUAUUGUGAGCAUGAAUGUGGAUGAAUCUGAUCCUACUGGGGAAGUCAGUUUGCAGACUGACCUGAAUGUAUUGGAGGAAAACAAUGGGGCUCUAUUAAAUCAUAGAGAUUCUGAGGUAGUGGAAACUAUGGUGUCUGAUGUGGGCCAGCCUGAGCCAAUUUGUGAAAGUGGUGGUGAUAUGAAUGUUGGUAGCAACAAGACUGAGUCAGUGGAGGUCCAGAAAAGUGUUGCUUUGGCCAAUCUAAAUGCAGGAAGAAAGCAAGCGGCCGAACAGGGUGUUACUGUUGCAGUACCAGCAUCUGUUCGGGAGGCUGUUGAUCCUUGCCCUCCUAGUUUAGUUGCUGUGGUUGAGCCUAUAUCAGUUGCUGGUUGUGCUCCUGAGGGGUUUGGAGAUGAUUUGAAGGCACAGGAAACUUCAUUGGGCAAAAAUGGCUUGGAUGAACCUGAUAUAAAAUGCAGUGCAGAGACUAGCAGUCAAAGUAUCUCUAGGCUAGAUUCAAAUAAAACUAGUGAUGAGUCCAUCGAUAAAAGUUCUUGUUCAGGUUUUAGCGUCAACACUAAAGGCCUGCAUCGAGAUCCUCUUGACUUGGACUCUGCUGAAAAGGCUUCUGCAGUAUUACUGCCAAAGAAAAACUCUUCUGCUACAGAUUCUGCAUUGCAUGAUUCCGAUGCCUUGCAAUGUGAGAAAGUAUGCAACCAAGAUAGAUUGUCAUCAACACUUGAUUAUCAGGAGAAUGAAGACAAAGAGGCUCACAAAUCUGUGAGUGGAGAUGAGUCUGACCGCUUGUCAGGAAAGCCGGUAGUGAAUCUUACUGAAUCUUACCAGAUUCUAAGGGGUUAUCCCGUGCAAGUUUCAACUGUGAAAGAAAUGAAUGGUGAUGUCAGUCGUAGUCAGCUUCCUGAAGUUAAAAGCCUUUCUAUGUUGGAAAGGGGUGUUACCGGUCCAUAUUUGGCUCAGGAUUGUCAUCUUCAGAAGUGUAAUAGUUCGAAAUCAGUGGCUGAGCUUCCACUCCUGGUGCAAAACUUGGAAAAGGCAAAUGAGCAUCCAAAGUCCCAUUCACGGAGUAUGUCAGAUACAGAAAAACCUUGCAGGAAUGGCAAUGUCAAGCUGUUUGGUCAAAUACUCAAUUCUAGUUCCCAAGAUGAUGACAAGGUAGCCCAUUUUCCAAAACAGACCACGAAAUCAUCAAAUUUGAAAUUCACAGGUCACAAUAAUGUUGAUGGAAAUACGUCUUUUUCAAAGUUUGACCGAAAUAAUUAUCAUGCGUCGGAAAAUGUUCCCAAGAGGAGUUAUGGAUUCUGGGAUGGGAACAGGAUACAAACUGGGUUGUCAUCUUUGCCUGACUCUGCUAUCUUAGUGGCCAAGUACCCUGCUGCAUUUGUCAACUAUCCUUCAUCCUCAUCCCAAAUGGAGCAGCAGGCGUUGCAGACUGUCGUUCGGAGUAAUGAGCGAAACUUGAAUGGUGUGUCAGUUUACCCCCCAAGGGAAAUAAGCAGCAACAACGGGGUGGUGGAUUAUCAAGUGUACAGGGGGCGUGAUUGUACCAAGGUGGCACCAUUUACUGUGGAUAUGAAGCAGCGGCAAGAAAUGUUCUCGGAGAUGCAAAGACGAAAUAGGUUCGAUGCAAUCCCUAAUUUACAGCAGCAGGGAAGGGGAGGAAUGGUUGGAAUGAACGUUGUGGGGAGAGGUGGGGUAAUUGUAGGGGGACCUAGUAUUUCAGAUCCAGUAGCAGUACUUAGAAUGCAGUAUGCGAAAACGGAGCAGUACGGCGGGCAGAGUGGGAGUAUCGGCAGGGAAGAAGAGUCAUGGAGAGGUAAGGGGGACAUAGGCAGGUAGUAGGACGCAACCCUCUGGCGGCAAACAUUUCUUUGCUGCUCUCUGUAUAAUAGUUUUGUAUUUGUUUUAAUGAAAAAAUGAUAGGGCAGUGGACGGUUCUGAAGUGUCCCGUCUUUUUGGUAAUAUAUUUUAGGUGCUUUGUAAUAUUCCAGCAGCCUUGUAUUUGUUGUAUUUGAUGGAAAAUACACAAAAAUAAUCUGUUCAAAGGCCAA